UAUUCAACCAACAUUUUCCAAUCCAAUAAUAUCAACAUCAUGGAGCUUACUCAAUUUCUGGAACAAUCUGAUCAGUCUGUGGCCAAAUUGGUAUCGUCGACCGGAUCCAAAAAGUCCGUGGUCUAUGCGUUCGAUGGAACAAGACGAAGUUACCUGAUGGAGCAUGGCCUAAAUUCAAACUCAAAUCCACACGACGACAAUGUACGCAUCGACUAUGACAUCUACUCCCAGAGUGCCAUCCGAAAGUUAUUGGACCACCUGUUGAUGAUGUUUGAUCAGGGCAUCCACACCAUCAUCUAUCCAAUGUGGUUCUACACCUUGGAACAACGCGGUCCAGAGUACCUGCCCAAGUUCAUUGGAUACCUCCGCGGCUUAGGUGAACUACUCAACAAUGCCCUGUUACUAGAGGCCUACCUCAACUCUGGCGUUCGUAUAAUAUUCUAUGGUGAUUACAAACAAUUACUGAUGAGAGUCAAUGAUUAUAAACUACUCAACACGUUUGAGACCAUCAUGGAGUUGACCAAGCACAACACCAAGAAAGUAGUACUCCUGGGCACCAUUAUCCAAGAUCCAUCCGAGACCAUCAUCCAACUAACGACCGAACAUUACUGUAAAUAUAAUAGAGCACCAACCAAGAAGGAACUGAUAAAGCAAUACUACCAAGUUGAGGUGGAAGAGGUAUCGUUCUACUUUGGUUUCGAUCGAUUCACGACUGAUGGCCGCCCAAUAUUGUUGUGUGAUAAUGGACGUGAGGACCUGUAUUUCUCUGUUUCGCCACAUAGCCUGUUGACCAAACAACAGUUCCGAAAGAUAUUGUACGAUCAUCUUUAUUGUAGGAGUGUUGCCAAUGCCAAGGAGUACCAACUAAAGACCCUGGACGUCGAGAUCAUGCGGUCAUUCUACCUCGAGAACAUGGGCAACACGAUGGGAGUGGGAGACGUCCAGUAUCACGGCCAAUACUGGUGUCCACUCCCACAAGUCAAUGUACAUUCACUCAACAACUUAAUGGAGUCACCAUCCGAGACUGGUGAACAAUGCUCCACAACAACAACAUCUGUACAUAUUCACAUGGAGACGGGCAGCGAUGGCUCGGGAUCAGCCAGCUCACCACCACGCCAACUGUGGCGAGGCGACUCUGGUGAGCUUUGUUGCUCAAUCACGCCACCAAUGGAAUCAUCCCGUCCAUCCUCACUCUCGCCCCCUGGC